AUGGCAUUAACUGAUAGAGAAACCCUGCCCGACGUGGCUAAACCGAUCAACUAUCAUCUUUCCCUUUUCGAUCUACAGACUGCUGAUUCAUGGGGAUACAAGGGUCUUCUGAAAAUCGAUCUCAAGGUGACACGUGCUACCAACGAGAUCAUACUAAAUUCGAAAGAUAUUCAAGUCCAAGGUGCUGACUUAGUGGCCAAAAAUGGCACUCACUUGGCCAACGCAUCCGAGAUUUCAUAUGACAAAAAGUCCGAACGAGUGUCCUUGAAAUUCCCUCAGGAAGUGGCUCCAUCGGACGUGUUGCUUUCGAUCAACUUCACCGGUACCAUAAACGAUGCCAUGGCGGGCUUCUAUCGAUCCAAGAGGGGAGAUUUCCAUUUCAUGCUGAGCACUCAGUUCGAGUCUUGCGAUGCCCGCAGAGCUUUUCCAUGCUUCGAUGAGCCUAAUCUGAAGGCUUCCUUCGACUUCGAGAUUGAGAUCCCCAAAGGUCAAACAGCUUUGAGUAAUAUGCCAGUUAUUGCCGAAAGAGACGGUAGUCAUCCCGGGUUAAAGUUUGUCACCUUCCAGAGGACACCUGUGAUGAGUACCUACCUUCUUGCCUGGGCGGUUGGUGAUUUCGAAUAUAUCGAAGCCAUGACCGAGCGUAAGACCAAGCUCGCUAUGCCCUCGAAUGUGCCCAUCGCACGGUUGACUACUUCUUCGGAGAUUUUUGAGAUCGAAUACCCCCUUCCCAAGGCUGAUCUGCUCGCCGUUCAUGAAUUUGCCGCAGGAGCUAUGGAAAACUGGGGCUUGGUUACCUAUCGAACAACCGCGGUUUUGUUCGAUGAAGGCAAAUCAGACAAUCGAUAUAAGAACCGCAUUGCUUAUGUUGUGGCCCACGAACUGGCCCAUCAGUGGUUUGGUAAUCUUGUCACGAUGGACUGGUGGAACGAGCUCUGGCUCAAUGAAGGUUUUGCGACGUGGGUUGGCUGGCUUGCUGUCGAUCACUUCCAUCCUGAAUGGAAUGUCUGGUCCCAGUUUGUGGCUGAAAGUGUCCAACAAGCAUUCCACCUCGAUUCACUGCGGGCAUCUCAUCCAAUUGAAGUGCCUGUGCGAAACGCCCUUGAAGUUGAUCAGAUCUUUGACCAUAUCAGCUACUUGAAAGGAAGCUCCGUUAUCCGCAUGCUGAGCUCCCACCUUGGUCGUGAGACAUUCCUCCGGGGCGUCGCCGCUUACUUGAAGUCCCAUGCAUACGGUAAUGCCACGACAAAUGACCUAUGGUCUGCCUUGGGUCACGCUUCUGGUCAAGAUGUCCACGGUUUCAUGGACCCAUGGAUCCGAAAGAUCGGCUUCCCAGUCGUAACUUUAGCAGAGGAGCCUGGCCAAGUCACCGUUCAGCAAUCCCGCUUCUUGUCUACUGGAGACGCGAAGCCUGAUGAAGACGAAACUAUUUGGUGGAUUCCUCUUGGAAUAAAGUCUGGGCAGCAACUUGCCACUCUGGAUACUCGCGCCCUUACUAAAAAAUCCGAUACAUUGGGGACAAUCGGUGAGGAUACUUUCUAUAAAGUGAACAAGGACCUUGCUGGGUUCUACCGAACCAAUUACCCUCCUGCACGGCUGGAGCGACUGGGCCAGUCUUUGGAACUUUUGAGUACUGAGGACAAGAUCGGUCUUUUGGGCGAUGCUGCAGCCCUCGCUGUGUCGGGUGAAGGUACUACUCCAGCGUUGUUAGCACUCUUGGAAGGCUUCAAAGAUGAAGGCAAUUAUUUGGUGUGGUCGCAAGUUUCUUCCUCUCUGGCGAACCUGCGGUCUGUAUUCUCUCAGAAUGAACAGGUAGCAGCUGGAUUGAAGAAAUUCACAAAGGAUUUGGCAAGCCCGGCUGCAGAACGAGCUGGCUGGGAGUUCCAGCCUGACGAGGAUUAUCUCGCCAUUCAGCUUCGUAAACUGCUCAUCUCCAUGGCUGGCAAUGCUGGCCAUGAAAGCAUCGCCUCGGAAGCCAAAAAACGGUUUGCCCUAUGGGCGAGCGGUGAGGACAAGAGUGCCAUUCAUACUAAUCUUCGCUCCGUCGUCUUUAGCCUCAAUGUAUCAGAGGGUGGUCGCAAAGAAUUCGAUGCAGUCAAGGAAGAGUACCUUCGGACAGAUUCAGUGGAUGGAAAAGAAAUCUGCCUCGCUGCAUUGGGCAAGACCAAAGACCCGGCCCUGGUAACGGAGUACUUGGACUUUGUGUUUUCCGACAAGGUGGCUGUCCAGGACAUCCAUAAUGGAGCAGUCUCACUUGCCGGAAAUGCUAAGGUUCGCCAUCUAUUGUGGGAUUACAUCAAAUCCAACUGGACCUCAGUUGAAGCUCGUUUGUCAUCCAACAACAUAGUUUUCGAUCGGUUCAUUCGUAUGGGCCUAUCUAAGUUCGCCGAUCACCAGACUGGCGAAGAUAUUACGGCCUUUCUCAAGAGCAAGAACAUUGGAGCGUUGACCCGCGCCCUCAUUAUUGUGGCGGACAACAUCCGAACAAAUGCGUCUUACAAGGAACGAGACCAAGCUCUUGUUCUCGAGUGGCUGCAGGCUCAUGGCUAUGCUUGA